AUGUCGACAUCAAAUCAAACAUUACCACCCCAUUUUGAUCCAUUGCAUUAUGCUAUAGAGCUUGACUGCUGUGAUAUCCAGAACAAUGUCUUUCACGGAACUGUUUCCAUAAACUUUCGAGUCAAUGAACCCUCAAAUAAGGUCUUCUUGAACCUGAGAGAUCUCAAGCUUCUGAGUUCAGCGAUUGAAGAGGAAAAUGGGCUCCUCAUAGAACCGGACUCCAUCAAAUAUGACGAGGUCACUGAUGUUGCCAUAUUGACCUUUGUAGAAGAAAUUCACGAAGAAUUCACUUUGAAAGUAGUUUACCAGGGUGCUGUGCAAACUAAUAUGACCGGAUUUUACAAGUCCGAGUAUCCAAGUCCUCAAGAUGGUACGACUAAAGCCAUGUAUUCAACUCAAUUUGAGGCCACCGAUGCAAGGAAAGCUUUCCCAUGCGUAGACGAACCUGCGCGUAAGGCGACUUUUGACGUCCAAAUAACCGCUUCAUCUGAACUUACUGUCCUAUCUAAUAUGCCGCUAAAGACAUCGUUGGAACUAGACAAUGGAAUUACAACCGUGCACAAAUUUCGCACCUCUCCCAAAAUGUCCACGUACCUUGUUGCAUGGGCAUUGGGGGAAUUCGAAUACAUUGAAAGACUCACAGAUAAAUGUAUCUACCCCUGUGAGAAUGGAGAUAGUCGAGACGUUCAAAAACUUCCAGUAAGGGUCUACGCAGCCAAAGGAAAAUCGCAACUGGGUGAAUUCGCCUUGGAAGUUGCUACCAAAGUCAUCGAUUAUUAUUCCGGCCUUUUCGAUAUACCGUAUCCGCUACCCAAGCUUGAUUUACUAUGCGUUGAAGCUUACUCCCACAAUGCCAUGGAAAACUUUUCCCUCAUCACUUUUAGACCAACUGCUCUUCUGCUUGAAACGUCUGUUGAUGCAAGCAAUCCGCUGUCCCUUCAAAAGAUAGCCUACGUUGUUUCCCAUGAAAUUGCUCAUCAAUGGUUUGGGAAUCUUGUGACGAUGAAAUGGUGGGACGAGCUUUGGUUGAAUGAAGGCUUUGCGACUUGGAUAGGGUAUUACGCUGUAAAUGAAAUGUUUCCAGAAUGGGAUGUUCCAUCGCUAGUUAUGUGCAAAUCUCACGAGGUCGCACUAGAGCUGGACUCUUUGAAAGAAUCCCAUCCUGUGAGGGUUACGGUGAAAAAUGCGAAGGACAUAGACCAGUUGUUUGAUACCAUAUCUUACCUGAAAGGCUGUUCACUUCUCGAGAUGGUCAGCGAGUUUCUAGGGGCUGAUAAAUUUAUCAGAGGCGUCGCACAAUAUUUGAAGCGAAACGCAUUUUCUAAUGCUACCAUGGAUGACCUUCUUGGAAGCGUAGGCGAAGUAUGCGAAAUAGAUCUCGUGGCACGCUUGAGCAACUGGAUUUUGAAAACUGGCUAUCCGCUUCUGGUCGUCGAAGAAACACACGAUAAUGUAAUACGUUUGAGUCAAAAAAGCAGCUCAUCUGGCUCUGACUCGUGUAAGUGGUGGAUACCGCUCAUGACGAGCAAAGCUUUAACAAUAGGAAAAUCCGAACUUUGGGACUCUUCGAUGAGUUUCACAGAGCCCAACAAACUGAUGCAUUUCAAUGCUAAUGGUUAUGGCUUUUACCGCGUUGACUACAAAAGCAAAGCCCUUUUAUUCGAAAUCUGCAGGAAUAUAGAUGCCCUAUCGUCACGCGGUAAACUUGCUUUGAUACAUGAUGUAAAAGCGACAGCCAGUACAGAGGUUCUUCUUGAAGUGCUAACCUACUUCUUAGAAAUUCAAGACCCUUACGACUACUACGUGUGGGCUGCUAUUUUGGCGACAUGCUCCGAGCUUCUGCUGGUGUUUGGACAAUUAUCUCAUUUUUACAGAGAAACGGAAUCCUUCAUAAGUCUGAUUGUAGAAACUCAGCUGGAAGCGGCACUUUCAUUUUUGAAAAACCCAGAUUCCAUCUUAGCAAGCAGCUCUGAUAAAAGACGUGCUCUGAAAGCUCAAUUUUAUGAGCAGAUUCUGUUAGCGGCGGGCAAGGUAUCUAAUGAACGAGUUGUCACACAAUGCGAGUUGCUUAACGAUAAGAAAUGCAGCUCCAUCACCAGGCAAAUAGUAUUGUCGGUCAUUCUGUCACAACCUAACACAUCGCCCAAGACAUUCGAUGAUGUCGUCGACCAACUCAAAACUGCAACAUUGGCCAAGAAAGAAUCUCUACUAGGAAUACUGGGAAAAGCACGUAACCCGAUUCUUUUUGGCAAGAUUUUUGGAUUGAUUUUCCAAGCAGAACCCAUGGAUGUUCAAUUUUUAGCCGAAGCCAUGGGCUCCAAUCCAGAUAUUCGCUUAGAUUUGUGGCAAUUCAUCAAAGACAACUACACUCGCAUUUGUGAUAGAAUUGGUUCUAACCCCACAGUUUUGGAGAGGUUUGUGAGGUUUUCACUGAGCAACAUGGUUGGCUCGUCUUUGAAGCUCGAAAUAGAGCACUUUUUUGCAGACAAAGAUGUGACCACUUUUGACAGGGCACUAAGACAGACUUUGGAGAAGAUUGAGAAAAGCACCAGUUAUGCAGAUGCCAAUGCAUAG